AGCUCCGACCCACGGUACGAAACCAUGAAGCAGCUCAUGUUCCAAGACAUGCCACGCACAAUCCCCGUACUGACAGAGGCAGAUAUGGAGAGACAUGCGACUAUUUUGCGCGCAAUCGAUAUUGAGAAGUCAGAAAGCGGUGUUGUGAGGCGCGCGGAGAGGGAGGCAAAGUUUAGGAUGAUGGAAGAGGCGUUUGAGGCACUGAAGAAGUUGGAUGAGAGGCUUUUUGAGGCUGCUUGUGUCAAGGAGCCGAAUGCUGUGUUCCCAAGGCAGAUGCGCGUGCCGACCGAGACGCCCGGCGUGCGUGUGUGGGAGUACUAG